CCAGAAGGCGUAACUAGAGGUUUCUGGUCUGGGAUUUUCUUCAAGUGGUCGUGGAGAUUUUGUUCCAUAAUUUCAGUGUGUUUGUCCUUGCCGUGGGAGGAAAGACACUAGUUAGCAUGCAUUCAACUAACGGAAGGUUUAAAGGAGAGAACAAUGUGGUCGCAAAAGGGAGGCGGGACGUAGUCCAAGGAAGGUGAUGGAGAUACGGUUGGAAUGAGGAAGGGUGUGGUCUUCAACUGAAAUUUGCAUAAAACUGAACCCUUCGGCAACUAGGACUUUACGCAUUUAUUGGCAGCCCCUGAUGCCUCUCCUCAGAGCAUGCCGGGAGAUGUAGUUUCAAGUUUGGUUGCUAUGGCGUUCUCUACAGCUUCCGAGAGUCGGAGAGUCUCCUAGAGUGACGAGCGGCCUGACCAAUGGGAGCAUCUCCUGGCCCAUAGGGGGCGGGCUCUCCGCAGAAGGCCUUGAAGGUGGCGGUGGUGGAGGUGCAGGCCGUUGGGGCGUCUUGGAAGCAGGUGACUAUGAAAGGCUUAUAUUUUCAACGGAGUUCUACAAGUGAAGAACUAACAUUUGUCUUCCAAGAAAGGGAAAAUCUUCCUGUUACAGAGGAUAACUAUGUGAAACUUCAAGUUAAAGCUUGUGCUCUGAGCCAGAUAAAUACAAAGCUCCUGGCAGAAAUGAAGAUGGAGAAGGAUUUCUUUCCUGUUGGGAGAGAAGUUGCUGGAGUUGUGCUAGAUGUUGGAAGCAAGGUAUCAUUCUUCGAACCAGAUGAUGAAGUAGUUGGAAUUUUACCCCUGGAUUCUGAAGACCCUGGACUUUGUGAAGUUGUUCGAGUCCACGAGCAUUACUUGGUUCACAAACCAGAAAAAGUUACGUGGACAGAAGCUGCUGGAACCAUUCGGGAUGGAGUACGAGCCUACACAGCUCUGCAUUACCUUUCUCAUCUCUCUCCUGGAAAAUCAGUGCUGAUCAUGGAUGGAGCAAGUGCUCUCGGUACGAUAGCUAUUCAGUUAGCACACCACAGAGGAGCCAAAGUGCUUUCAACAGUGUGCAGUCUUGAAGACAAGCAGUGUCUUGAAAGAUUUAAGCCUCCCAUAGCCCGCGUGAUCGACGUAUCCAAUGGGAAAGCCCAUGUUGCCGAAAGCUGUUUAGAAGAAACAGGUGGCCUCGGAGUAGAUAUUGUCCUAGAUGCUGGAGUGAGAUUAUAUAGUAAAGAUGAUGAACCAGCUGUAAAAUUACAACUGCUGCCACAUAAACAUGAUAUCAUCACCCUUCUUGGUGUUGGAGGCCACUGGGUAACAACAGAAGAAAACCUGCAGCUGGAUCCUCCAGAUAGCCAUUGCCUUUUCCUCAAGGGAGCGACAGUGGCUUUCCUUAAUGAUGAAGUUUGGAAUUUGUCAAAUGUACAACAGGGAAAGUAUCUUUAUUUCUAAUAAUUUCAUUCUUCCUCAGACCUCAAUUGGAUGAACCUAUUCCACUAUACGAGGCAAAAGUUACCAUGGAAGUUGUUCAGAAAAAUCAACGA